AUGCCUCUUCUAAGCCUACCAAAUGAGUUGAUAGAAAGUAUCAUCACUCUAUUAUGGGAAGAAUCCGACCUAAACGCCCUUGUCCAGACCAACAGGGAGCUCUAUAGCAUGUUCAACACCUACCUAUAUUCUCACAACAUACGGCGAUGCGAACUAUAUGAACUUCCCUAUCCGCGCUAUGCACUCGUGUGGAUCGCCCAGAAUGAAGGGCCCUUGACGGCCUUUGAGAUGGCACUUGAUGCCAAGAAGCAGAGCAGCUCGGAAGCUGCCAUGCACCUAGGACAUAAAGCCUUUGAGCAAGCUGUGUUCAAUGGCAGAGCGGAUCUAAUCAGGUUAUUAUUAUCCGAGGAUGACUGCUCUGGAGUGCAUCCCAACUCUGUCAACGAGGCGGUUAUUCGGGGUCACGAAGAAGUCGUUAGAGUCCUCGUGGCUUCUGGCGUAUUUGAUCUGAAUUGGCCGGGUCGCUACCAACGUACGCCUCUUUUCCAGGCAAUUUGCCACGGGCAUGUUGAAAUCGUUCGCAUAUUGGUGGCGGCUGUGAACAUAAAUCAGCAGAUGUGGAUAGCAGCGUUGACUAAGGCUGCAGAGAAUAGGGAUCAUGAGAUUGUACAGCUUCUUCUUGUUGCGAAGGCAGCCAAGUGA